AUGGUGUCUUACUUUACACUUGAUGCCACCGGUGAAGUCACGAACUUCCAAAAAGAAAUAUCGAAUAUGAUGCACGGAUUUGGGGACAAUCCAAAUCCAAACGCUGCGACUGUUGUAUUAGUAGAAAGUAUAGUCCUUCAACAACUUCGACAAAUGCUUCAGGAAGCUCUAAAUUAUUCAAUUAUACGUGGAGCGAAAGCCAUAUCAAACUACGAUAUUAUUUAUUUAAUGCGUAAAAACAUUAUAAAAUUGAAACGUUUACAUGAUUAUCAAUUAAAGUUGGAUCAAAUAGACAAAAGCCGACAGGUGCCAACCACAGAAACUAUAAUGCCAGGCAUAAUUAUAGAUGAUGAAAAAGAUCCAUCUAUAAAGAAACGAAGAACACACAUUGACAUCAUAAAAGAGUUUGACGAAGCAGAUGAAGUGAGCCAGAUUAAAUUUGAUGCUAUUGAUUAUUUGAGAAAAGUAAGGGCUGCCAAAAUAACAGAAUCAAUGUCUUUUGAGAAGUAUGAAGCAUAUCAUAAAGCUAGGUGUGCUUCAUUUAGGUCUGGAUAUGGAAUAGGUAAGGGUUUUAUGAAAUUAGAAAAGUGGCUGAAUCCCACAAAAGAACUUAAGAUCACUUUGUCUGCAUUAGAAGUUUUAUGUUUUCUGGCAUAUGAAACUGUUGCCGAGAUUGUUGAUGCUGUAUUUUUUAUUAGGCAAGACAGCAGAAAGAAAAAUGGAGAUCCAUUUAGCAAAUUUGAAGGUGGACAUUUCUGUAAUCCUGUUAGCUUAAAUAAUGCAGUAUAUAUUAAGUCUGGGUAUGAAGGUGUUCCUGCUAUCACUGUUGCCGAAGUAAGAGAAGUUCUGAGGCGAUAUUUUAACCCAAGAACGGGCAUGAAUGGUCUAUUUUAUAGGAAUAUGUGUAUGGAUUUGCCUGUACGAUAUAUUGCUAUUUAA